AUGACCGCCACUCUGCUUCCUCAACUCUUGCCGGACUCGGCUCCCCACAUCUACGCCGACCUGUCCUACUUCCAACCGCCACCCAAUGGAGGUCAGUCACGGCUCUGACGUCUUUACGCACUCUGGAUCAUGACUGAUACCAAUUUCUGACUUUGCAGAGGUCCCAUGGACCACCCAAUACCCUGCCCCAGGAGGCAAGAGUCGCCAAUCGAACGUCACGCCCAAGCAAGUGCAAUUCCCCAUCUACGACUUGCGAGGCGUAGACCCGGCCCAAACCGCGAUCGAUGUCACGGGGUUCCAAAUCGUUCCUGAUAUCGAGGAGAGGAGGACCAAGAUGAAGUACGAGGAUUGGCAGGAUGAGGGCAAGAUUACCGAGGUUUAUUAUCCCGAGGUUGAGCGGUAGGUCUCCAUGAUGUCAUUUCCUCCGAGUCGAGCGAACUUUCGCAUACUAAUAAGGUAUUUGGGUUCGUCCUACUUAGCCUGCUCAAGAAGGUGACGGGGGCAAGCAAAGUCAUCAUCUUCGACCACACCGUCCGACGAGCCGAACGAGAAGGCGAAGAAACCCCCGACGAACCGACGAAUCGCAAACCCGUACCUUUGGUCCACGUCGAUCAGACCGAACAAUCCGGUGCUCGUCGAGUCCUUCGACAUGCCGAGUCCAAAGAGGAGGGCGAACGACUACUUCGGGGAAAGGCCAAGCUCGUCAACUUGUGGCGACCGUUCAAGACUGUGUAAGUAGCAAAACGGGUUGGCGAGAUCAGAUGAUGGGAGAGGUCGAAAAACUCACCCUCCAACCAAUUGUUGCCUACAGAUACGACAUGCCUCUCGCUUACGCGGAUGCGAGGACACUCUCAAGAGACGAUCUCGUCAAGUCUCGUCUCUUGUACAAGCCACCGACCCCUGAAGGCGAGACUUACCAAGUCCAGCUCAACCCGAACCAUCGCUUCUACUACCUCUCUGAAAUGCAACCCGAUGAAGGUGAGCCACCUUAGCGCGGUACAGAACCACUCCGGCUGCAGCUCAGGUCAACUGACAUAUCCUCUGUCAUGCAAUUACAGCCGUCAUGCUCCAAUGCUGGACGAACGACGAAUCGGGAGGUCCGAUGACGCCUCACACGGCGUUCAAGGACGAGCGCUACUUCGGCAAGGAAGGCGUCGAGCUGCGCGAGUCGAUCGAGAUCCGUUCGCUGCUCUUCUUUGACACCGAGUGA